AUGGGGUGCGCAGGCUCGAAGAAGAGGGCACUCAGGCCCCGUGAGGGUAAAGCGGACGAGCCGGACACACAACAGAGCGCUGUGAGAACACGACGGAGGGUGGGAAAGCCCGUUUCCCUCAACUCCGCUGCGUGUUCGUCCCAAAUCUGCACUGAGGAAGGUGGUAGUAGCGAUGACAAGGCACUGUCGAGGAAACCACAUUAUGGGCAUCGUUUUGCUCACGAUGUACUAGAGUUGUCGGCCGUAAAACUUGCGCUAUCACCUCUGCCCCCAGACGCUGCCACUGCCGCCUCAGGCGACAGUACUCCUCGCAAGCCACUUGCAACUAGUUCUCCCGACUUGUCCCAGCCUUCCCCAUCAGCGGCGCCUCGACCAAUGCAGCUCACGUCUUCAAGAACAGGCGUGAAAGACGGCGUGUUCGCGGGGAAGGCCUCGGCUACAGACGAGGCGUGUCACUGCAAUGAAAGGUCCAGCUUGAGUCCAUGGACCGUGGAUGAUACACUCCCUUUCGCUGCUCCGCACAGCACUGUCCCCCCCGGGCUUCUCUGCUCUUCCUCACCUCCCCCGCUACGAUUGUUCAGUCCUGUUGCGUGCGCGUCGGAUUUAGCCGACCAGCCCUCGGGAGCUUCGCUGCAGAGCCCCAGCGACACCCACACGGCAGGAUUGAGGGAGCUGCGCCGGGGCGGUAGCGUCAACGUGGACAGCUCUGUUUUGAUGUGGGCCCUCGGCGACACCGCCGCGAUGGGCACGUCACUCCUGCAGACAGUCAACUCUGCGCAGCCUCCUCUGCAGGCGGGCCGCUCGUCGUCGUACCAGCUUGUGGCUCCAUUUCUAGUCCAGAAACCAUCACCAUUGCCGCCGUCAGCGCCAGCGGCGAUGGUGAAAACUGCAGCAGCACAGACUGAACCAGUGUCAGCUACACAGCUAUCACCAGCACUCACUGCCAAGGCUCAGCGCAGCUUGCCACUGGCAAGCCCAGCGUGCCUCUCCAAUGGCGAUAGCCCUGUUGCGUAUGGCGACGGAAACGCGAUACCGAAGGGCGCGAUUGGCGUGGUAGAGACAAUUGAUGUGACGACUGGAACGCUGGUGCCGCUGUGCUCCAGGUCUGGCAGCGACGCUGAGGCGUCAAGCUACGACGGAGCGCGCGGCGGGCGCGGGGAGAGGACGAGCGGGGGUAAUUCAACAACGCGGUCGGCACAGCCGCCAGCGGUGGUGCCCGCGCCUCGACGACACUCUCCCUCCGCUUCUUCGCUGCCGUUUGCAGGAAGGCAGCAGCGGCUUACCGUGGCGCUGGUGUCAUCCUUCGAACCGCCUCACGACUCCACCUCUCUAUCUCUGCGCACCCCCGCGCAGAGGCAGGCCUCGCCAUGUAAGUCGGAGCCAACUACGCCAGCACUCAUCAACAUCACCGCUUCUGGCAGCAGAGACGCACCGGAGGAUGUACCACUGCCGCAGUGCAUGGAUCUUUUCGGGACACUGCAGCCCAGCAGCGCAGCAAGCACCAGUGACGUAGUCAGCGUCAGCAACGGUGGUGAUGGUGUUGGGGGGAUUCUAACUCCGCGUUCGCACAUGUCUAACUCUGCCGACACCCGCGUCACCGUUGCCCACACACACAAUACGAACCUUCAUGCCGCUUCUUCAGUGACAGUGACCACCGGAACGGUGACUCUCACCCAGCCGCACACUUCGCGCAUGGACGUCGGUAGCUCGAAUGAGCAUUACUUUGUCAGCGGCAGCAAUAAUUGGCUCUUGGGAAGCAUACGCAGCACCGAUGGCGACCGCGCUGGCUUCGUUGUUGGAAGUCGCUGGUGCGGCGGGAAUCUCCUUAGCACACCACCCCCUACGAACUCAGAGAUUGUUCAGCAGAUACGUCAGCCCACCAUGAAGGUCAAAUCAAUCCUGCGCAAGCCUGGGGGCAUCCCAACGGUUGCGUACGGCACGACGGUCGUGAAGGAUGGCGAUAGAGCAAACACCAACCACGCCCAUGUGCUGCAGCUCUCUGUCAACGGUGGUGAGGUUGGUGGGGGUGCCGAAAUGGGCGCAAACUCCACGCCUCGCAUGCUGGACAACAGUGGCACGGAAGGGAGUGGUGACGAGAGAGCCUUGGGGACACCGUCGUCAGCGUCUCAGAUGGGGUUGCAGACGGACUUCAUUGUGCUUCGCCACACUGCCAGCGAUUCGGAUUACGUGAGCAGCGUUACCACAACCGCCGACGCGCUUUCAUCACCUGCUGGCUCGCGUUCGCUGAUGCACUGUGGCACCCAGAAGGGUACCUCGUUCCAGGCCAGCCCACACACCAGCGAGAGCGCAGCCAACAACAGCGUAUCCGGCGUACUGCGUACGAGCAUCGAGAACGACCGCGGUUUUUUGUCAGGUGCUGUCCACGGCCCCGGCAACGUAGGCACGGACGGUACAUCGCCCAGUGCAGUGAUGUAUCGCUCGCUUGCAUCACCUUGUCGGCUGCCCUGGUCGCUAUCCACGCCAAGGAAGCUCUCCCCGUACGGUGCCCAGCAGCGCUGCUCGAACAGCAUUGACAGCGGUGGCGGUGCCAACGUCGGCAAUGUCAGCAGUGGGGGGACACAAGAGCCGCCGCAGUCGACGGCGACGGAAUUGUCUACCUUAUUUACACCUGACGCUGUCGUUGCUGUAGGGCGCACGCCUAACGAGCCGCCGCCUGACAUCAUACUCGCCUCUCCUCCACCGAAGCGGGUACACGUGGUAGUGUGA